UAGAUAGUAUCUAUAUAUGAAGAUAUAUAUAGAUAUGGAUGUAAAUGAUGUCCAAAAUGUGGUCGUUCUGAAGACGCAAUUGAGGAUGUCACAGCCGCUGCAUCAGCAAUUGCAGCAGCUGGUUGGAGUUGGCCAAACUGGACUGCAACUGGGCAACUGCAAACGGAAGCUGAAGACUGUGGGCAGAGAACUCUAUUUGGUGCAGAGUUUUGCUGUCUGUCUGGCCGUUUCCACACGUCGCCCAGCCGCUCGCCCGUCUGUCUUGUUUGUCAAAGAGAAACAGUUAAAUGCCAGUUUACCAGUUAAAUCGGAAUCAAAGCGAAAACAAUGACACAGUGGCAGACCCCCAGAGCCCCAGCUCCGUCGCGCCAAUACCACAGCAGACCACAGCAGUCGGAGCGAGUGGGAGAGGGAGAGCUGAACCCGACCUGCUGCUCGCCCAAUGGCAAGUGAAGUAACUGCACGAAAAAAAAAAAAAUCGUCUAGACACAGACUAGACUCCAUAAAAAUAAUUAUUAU